GGAAGUGACGUCGCAGUGUCAACAUGCAAGAUGGCGGCCCAUCACCGGCAGAACACGGCCGGGCGGAGGAAAGUGCAGGUUUCCUAUGUCAUUCGCGAUGAAGUGGAGAAAUACAAUCGCAACGGUGUGAACGCCCUGCAGUUGGACCCUGCGCUCAAUCGACUUUUCACAGCCGGCCGAGACUCUAUCAUAAGAAUAUGGAGUGUCAAUCAACACAAGCAAGACCCAUAUAUAGCAUCAAUGGAGCACCACACCGAUUGGGUAAAUGACGCUGUGCUGUGCUGUAACGGGAAAACCUUAAUAUCCGCUUCGUCUGACACCACCGUGAAAGUGUGGAACGCGCACAAGGGCUUUUGCAUGUCCACGUUACGCACACACAAGGAUUACGUGAAGGCCCUGGCGUACGCCAAGGACAAGGAGUUGGUAGCCUCCGCCGGAUUGGACAGACAAAUAUUCCUUUGGGAUGUGAAUACUCUCACCGCUCUAACUGCCUCAAAUAAUACUGUCACAACUUCUUCUUUGAGUGGGAACAAAGAUUCCAUCUACAGCCUGGCCAUGAACCAGCUGGGCACCAUCAUCGUGUCGGGGUCCACGGAGAAGGUUUUGCGGGUGUGGGACCCGAGGACCUGCGCGAAGCUGAUGAAGCUCAAGGGCCACACGGACAACGUGAAGGCAUUGCUGCUGAACCGGGAUGGUACCCAGUGUCUGUCUGGCAGCUCCGACGGAACAAUCCGCCUGUGGUCGCUGGGCCAGCAGAGAUGCAUCGCCACGUACCGCGUCCACGACGAAGGUGUCUGGGCCCUGCAAGUGAACGAGGCCUUCACGCAUGUGUACUCGGGUGGGCGCGACCGCAAGAUCUACUGCACGGACCUGAGAAACCCCGACAUCCGCGUGCUGAUUUGCGAAGAAAAAGCACCCGUGCUCAAGAUGGAGCUGGACAGAUCCGCCGACCCGCCCCCUGCCGUCUGGGUGGCCACAACGAAGUCUACAGUGAACAAAUGGACGCUGAAAGGCAUCCACAAUUUCCGAGCCUCCGGUGACUACGACAAUGACUGCACACACCCCAUCACACCCCUGUGCACCCAGCCCGACCAGACCCUCAAAGGGGGCGCUAGCAUCAUUCAGUGCCACAUUCUGAAUGAUAAGCGGCACAUAUUGACCAAAGACACCAACAAUAACGUGGCUUUCUGGGAUGUCCUGAAGGCAUGUAAAGUUGAAGAUCUGGGCAAAGUGGAUUUUGAAGAUGAAAUUAAGAAGAGAUUUAAAAUGGUGUACGUGCCAAAUUGGUUCUCAGUAGACUUAAAGACGGGGAUGCUGACCAUUACUUUGGAUGAGAGUGACUGCUUUGCUGCAUGGGUAUCCGCGAAAGAUGCUGGCUUCAGCAGCCCUGACGGCUCGGAUCCAAAGCUGAACCUGGGUGGGCUGCUGCUGCAGGCGCUCCUGGAGUGCUGGCCUCGGACACACGCGAACCCCGUGGAUGAGGAGGAGAACGAGGUCAGCCACGUGAACGGGGAGCCGGAGGCCCGCGUGCAGAAGGGCAACGGGUAUUUCCAGGUGCCGCCCCACACCCCCGUGAUCUUCGGCGAGGCUGGAGGCCGCACCCUGUUCAGGCUGCUCUGCCGGGACUCGGGUGGCGAGACGGAGUCCAUGCUGCUCAACGAGACGGUGCCGCAGUGGGUGAUCGACAUCACCGUGGAUAAAAAUAUGCCCAAGUUCAACAAAAUUCCUUUCUACCUCCAACCGCAAGCAUCUUCGGGCGCGAAAACCUUAAAAAAAGACCGGCUGUCAGCCAGCGACAUGCUGCAGGUGCGCAAGAUCAUGGAGCACGUGUACGAGAAGAUCAUCAACCUGGACAGCGAGUCCCAGACCACCAGCUCAUCCAACAACGAGAAGACGGGGGAGCAGGAGAAGGAGGAGGACCUCGCCGUGCUGGCCGAGGAGAAAAUCGAGCUGCUGUGCCAGGACCAAGUGAGUGGGUGGGGAGCAAGCCGCGCGUGCCUGAGCGCACACGCGCCGGCUGCUCAGGGCGCUGGGAGCCGGAGGAUCCCAGGAGUCCACGAGACUCCUUGUAGCUCCAGGGAGCCAGCAAAAAGCCACAGUGGCGCUGUGGAUCAAGCGGUAGAGCACCACUCUUGAGCCAAAGGGCUUAGG